AUGGGUCAGCAGGAGAAAAAGCUCUCGGGGCUCUCCGCCUUUCUCAAGAACGAGGUUGAUCCACGGCAUGCCGACCUAUUACUCUUCACCUGCUGUCUAUGCUCGGGUCUGGUGGAUAGCACGAUAUACAAGGGUGACCGCCCCCGUACAACACCUUUGUGUCCAUGCAAACGGGUAAGUUCCUCGCGCCAUGGUCACGGAGGCGAUGCUUAUGACCCAGGAGAGGCUAUGGUCAAGGCUAACUUUUCUGUGCGACCUUGUCUGGCAGGAAACACCAUCUUCGUGGGGCUGGGCGCAUCUAAUCAAAAUCCACGUCCCUAUGGAUGGGCGCGCUCGUUGACCUCGAUCGGCUGUUUCGUGAUCGGAUGCUUUAUCUUUGCCCGAAUCAAUCGAUUCGUGGGUGCGCAGCGUCGAGGAUGUCUCAUCCUGUCAUUCUUCAUUCAGGCCUCGUUGAUCGUCGUGACCGCCGCCCUGGUCCAGGCCGGGGCGGUUUCCAGCGCCAUUGAGGAUAACCCAUUGGACCCCAUUGUCCGAUGGGACCAAGAAGUGCCCAUUGUGCUGCUCAGUCUUCAGUCGGCUGGACAGAUCGUCGCCAGCCGCACCUUGGGAUACAAUGAAAUCCCGACCGUUGUGAUCACAAGCCUCCUGUGCGAUCUGAUGUCGGAUCCCAAGCUGUUCCUCAUACGAAACGAAAAGCGAGAUCGACGAAUCAUUGCCUUCGUCCUGACAAUGGUCGGUGCCAUUGUCGGGGGUUGGGUCACUAAGUCGACCGGGAAUAUUGCCCCCGUCCUCUGGCUAGCGGCGGGCAUCAAGUACGUUGUGGCAGUGGCAUGGGGAUUUUGGAAAGUCAAAGCCUGA